AUGUCUAGCCGCAAGGCUGGGGAGGGGAGCACCGGCUCAUCUCUGCCGGUAGCUGGUGACCGACACCAGAAGUCCCCCGCCUUCCCACAGUUGCAGAACAGCGAAGAAACAGACCUGUUCACUGGUAAUGGCGAGCAACAAGACAGAAUACAUAUCGAAUUGGACAACGAUGACCAACCUGCCGCACCACAGCCCGUCGGGAGGGCAUCUAGCCGAAUCUCCCCAGACUUUGUCCCGGUUACAGCCGGUAACAAUUCUGAAAGUGGACGAGUUUUCUCCCAUUUUGCGCAUAAGAUGCACAAAUUCAACCUCUACGAGACGGCAAGCCGCUACUAUGUUGUUGGCGUCGACGUCAGCGAGAAACGAUAUCGUAUUCUCAAAAUCGACCGGACUACUGAGGGUGCAGAACUCAACAUGACGGAUGACAAAAUUUCCUACAGUCUGAAAGAAAUAAACCAGCUCUUGGACAUGAUCGAUGAUGGAAACAGGGGUACAGGCGGCAUUAAACUGCGGUGUACUAGUUGGGGAAUUAUUGGAUUCAUCAAAUUCACAGGACCGUAUUACAUGCUCUUCAUCACUAAGAAGAGUACCGUGGCCAUGGUAGGCGGUCACUAUAUAUAUCAAGUUGAGGGUACGGAGCUGAUUGCUUUGACUCCCGGGAAAUCGAAGGCAGAUUCCCGUAACACGGAGGAGCAGAGGUUUCUCAGCAUUUUGAACAACCUGGACUUAACUAAGUCGUUCUACUAUAGCUACUCUUACGACAUUACGAGGACACUUCAGCACAAUAUUAUGAGAGAAAGGUCGGCUCUGAAUAAGGGUGUGAUGCCGUCUUCCGAUGACGAUCCCAAUACCAUGUUCAUCUGGAAUUCUUACCUGCUCAAACCUGCGGUAAAGGUGCUUCAAGCUGCCUAUGAUUGGUGUCGACCAAUCAUACAUGGAUAUGUUGACCAAGCAGCCCUCUCCAUCUAUGGCCGAACUGCCCACAUUACUGUCAUUGCGAGGCGAUCGAGAUACUUUGCAGGGGCUCGGUUUCUUAAACGUGGUGCAAAUGACUUAGGCUACGUCGCCAACGAUGUAGAAACUGAACAGAUAGUUUCCGAGUCUCUCACGACAUCGUUCCAUUCUCCUGGACCGCGGCUGUACUGUAGUCCGCAAUAUACUUCCUAUGUUCAACAUCGUGGUAGUAUUCCUCUCUACUGGACCCAGGACAGCACAGGGGUGACACCAAAACCACCCAUAGAACUCAAUCUCGUGGAUCCUUUUUAUGGUGCUGCCGCGUUGCACUUUGAUGACUUAUUCCGUCGAUACGGCGCCCCUGUAUAUGUCGUCAACCUAAUUAAAUCCAAGGAACGCCAACCGAGAGAAUCCAAGCUCCUAGAAGAAUAUACUAAUUCCAUCAACUACCUUAACCAAUUUCUUCCUCCGGGGAAACAGAUCAUUCAUAAGGCUUGGGACAUGAGCCGCGCGUCGAAAGUUCGGGGUGGGGAUGUGAUUGGUAACUUGGAACUUAUUGCAGACUCAGUAGUCUCCACGACGGGUUUCUUCCAAAAUGGCGACGGUCAAAUUAGCCCAAUGUCGGCUCAAAAUGGAGUGGCGAGAACAAAUUGUAUUGACUGUCUUGACAGAACCAAUGCAGCUCAGUUCGUCAUAGGAAAGCGUGCAUUGGGGUAUCAACUUCAUGCCCUGGGGAUUCUAAAGGAUACGACUGUCAAUUACGAUACAGACGCAGUCAACCUUUUUACACAUAUGUGGCAUGACCAUGGCGAUACGAUUGCAGUCCAGUAUGGUGGUUCUCAGCUCGUGAACACCAUGGAAACUUACCGAAAGAUAAACCAGUGGACGAGUCACUCGCGGGAUAUGAUUGAAAGUUUUAAGCGUUACUAUAACAACUCGUUUCUGGAUAGCCAGCGUCAAGAAGCGUACAAUUUGUUCCUGGGAAAUUACGUCUUCUCUCAUAGCCAGCCUUUGUUAUGGGAACUGACUACAGACUACUAUCUACACCAUACAAAACCACGAGAUUGGUCAGUCAUGAAACCUUGCAAUUACAUCAACUGGUACACUCCAUCUCACUUGCGUGAGAGGACAAUCCCGAGGCUUGCGAAACUUCCAGCCUGUGUUGCAAGCCUUCCUGUUGAGGCAGUCGAUGACUAUUGGCUGGAGUAUUACAGACCAGCAUCACUCUCGUCCUUUCCAAAAAUGCUCGCCUACAAGAUGAACUCUACCAUAAAAUACAUUCCUCUGAAGUCAACUCAAGACGGCCGCUAUGACCUCAGCCCUUUCCGAGUACGGGCUGAGACUGAUACAGAUUCUGACAAGCGCAAGAUGAAAAGGGAAGGUGUCCACAGCCCGUUGACGUCUUCCCAGAUCCAGCAGUUUGAAGAUGUGACUUCUUCAGUCAAAUCUGGAAGAACGGCAGCGAGGGGUAUGUCCUUCCAGCGCUGGCUUCAGCCCGUACAGGAGAAGGCUGCUGAGCAAGGUUCCAUGCCCGGAAGCAACGACGACGGUCGGCCAAAACGUGAGAAGAUGAAGCCGAGUGCCCUUGAAAAAUCUAAGGCUGCCCAAUGGACGUUCACGAAAGCUGUCCAUGACUCCCUAAACCCAUCAGUAAGAGAACAGGAGGCGGAGGACUAUGAUCGAUACAUACGCCACCCACAGAACCUUCCGCUUGUUGUGUCGAACGACACGCCUGCGGGUGUUGAUUCGUCCGAAUAUAAAGAAUAUAUCAACGGCAGUUGGCGUGAACAAGGCCUCAUGGUCAUUGGAAUAGAUGAGGAAGUGAAUGUCUAUGGUGAACUUCUGAAAGUAGGUGAGAAUCCGCUUACCGUAACAGAAGAAGACUCGACCAAGAAGAGAUAUAAAGCUUACAGGAAGUGGCUUCAUGGAAAAUCAUUUUUCAAGCAACAGCCAUUGGAUUGA